UCCCUCUUCUUCAUCUCUUUCUCUCUCUGUUAUUUUUUCCUUUCUCUCUGCAUCUGCCCCUCCAACAUCAACUCCGCCUCUCUCUCUCUCUCCCUCUCCCCCCACCCCAAUUUUUUUUUUUUUUUUUUGGUCGAUCUCCCCGCUUCAUUCACUUACGCAUAUAUGCGUUCUUAGUUCUCUCACCACCACCAACUCAGUCCAUAAAACAACCCCGAGAGACCCAGCAGAACAGUUGCUUUUGUUCAAGGAAGGGUGACCGGACAACCAGAUCUAACCUCCCUUGUCGAAGCUUUUUCCAAUAUCGAAGGCUUUCCUGAGAUAUAAGAGCGCUUUACCACAGAGAGAGAGAGAGAGAGAGAGAGAGAUUUCUGGAGAAUGUUUUGAAAAAGGAAAGGAAAGACAGAGAAUGUUCUCGUUAGAUUCACUCCGACAUCUUAGGAGGCGUUUCAUAUGCUUUUAGCCUGAUUUUCGUCUGCCAAAAGGGACCAUUUCACAAAAAAUUGUUAAUCUUUGGCUUUAUCUUCAGUUUUUUUUUUUUUUUAUUCUGCUUUUCUCGUGCAUUGGUACUUAAAACCCCCUCCCCAAAAAAAAAUAGAAAACAAAGAAAUUCGAGACAAAAUCUGAGGGUCAGCUCAAGUACCAUAAGUUUUCCUAAGGAUAGGACAAUAUAGGGGUUCAAAAAGGUCAAACCUAGUAUUGCGCUUAACAGUGCUGAAGGAGAGAAGAGGAUAUAAUCAGUAUUUGCUUCACUUUUGGAACUAGGGUUUCUAGCUUCUUCGUUAACAUGCCAGCUGGAAUCAUGAUUCCGGCAAGGAACAUGUCGUCAUCGCCGAUGAUCGGAUCCAAUGGAAAUGCCAGUGGGUAUGGAUCGUCUUCCGGGCUCACCCUCGGUCAGCCAAACAUGAUGGAAAGCCUUCAUCAUCAUCAGCUUCACCACCCCUUAGACAUGGCUCAUCAGACCCCGUCAGAGAGCGAACUUGCUCGGCUCCGAGAUGAAGAGUUCGAGAUUAGCACAAAGUCGGGGAGCGAAAACCAGGAAGGUCAAUCUGGAGACGACAUGCAGGAUCUUCAGCGUCCCAAUAAGAAGAAGCGAUACCAUCGUCACACCCAGCAUCAAAUCCAAGAGAUGGAAGCUUUUUUUAAGGAAUGUCCGCAUCCAGAUGACAAGCAGAGGAAGGAACUCAGCCGUCAAUUAGGCUUAGAGCCUUUGCAAGUCAAGUUUUGGUUCCAAAACAAGCGCACUCAAAUGAAGACACAGCACGAGCGCGGCGAGAACACGCAGCUCCGAGCGGAGAAUGACAAGCUUAGGGCCGACAAUAUGAGGUACAGGGAGGCACUAAGUAAUGCCACAUGUCCCAACUGUGGAGGGCCGACAGCCAUCGGAGAGAUGUCAUUCGAUGAACACCACUUGAGAUUGGAAAAUGCACGUCUAAGAGAAGAGAUCGAUAGAAUUUCAGCUAUCGCUGCCAAGUAUGUGGGCAAGCCAGUGGUGAACUAUCCUCUUCUUUCCCCUUCGGCUCCACCUCGUCCACUUGACCUCGGAGUCGGAGGUUUUGGGGGUCAAUCUAGCGUAGGAGAGAAGAUUUAUGGAGCUGGAGACCUUCUCAAGUCAAUUGGCGCCCCGACAGAAGCCGACAAGCCAAUGAUCAUUGAGCUGGCGGUCGCAGCCAUGGAGGAAUUGAUCAGGAUGGCCCAGAUGGGAGAGCCCCUCUGGAGUGAGAGCUUGGAUGGCAAUUCAUCAAGUGUGCUAAAUGAAGAUGAGUACAUGAAAACAUUUCCUCGGGGUAUCGGGCCAAAGCCUGCUGGAUUUAACACCGAAGCUUCACGAGAAAGUGCUGUUGUCAUUAUGGAUCACAUCAACCUUGUUGAGAUUCUCAUGGAUGUGAAUCAAUGGUCGACAGUUUUCUCCAGCAUUGUCUCACGAGCUGCAACAUUGGAAGUACUAUCAACAGGAGUAGCUGGCAACUACAAUGGAGCUUUGCAAGUGAUGACAGCUGAAUUUCAAGUUCCUACACCACUUGUUCCAACUCGCGAAGUCUACUUUGUUCGGUACUGUAAACAGCACGGUGAUGGGGCUUGGGCUGUUGUUGAUGUUUCCUUGGACAAUGUACGCCCAAGCCCGAUUGUCAGGUGCCGAAGAAGGCCUUCAGGAUGUGUAAUUCAAGAAAUGCCAAAUGGAUAUUCCAAGGUUACAUGGGUUGAGAAUGUGGAAGUGGAUGAUAGAGGAGUCCACAGCUUAUACAAGCAGCUUGUUAAUUCUGGUCACGCCCUUGGGGCUAAACGGUGGGUCGCCACCUUAGAUAGACAAUGUGAACGCCUUGCCAGUGCCAUGGCAACAAAUAUUCCUAAUACCGAUGUCGGAGUGAUAACGAGUCAAGAAGGAAGAAAGAGCAUGCUAAAACUAGCCGAGAGAAUGGUGAUAAGCUUCUGCGCCGGAGUCAGCGCAUCUACAGCUCACACAUGGACGACAUUAUCAGGGACAGGUGCCGACGAUGUGAGGGUCAUGACCAGGAAAAGUAUAGACGAUCCGGGUAGACCCCCCGGUAUAGUACUGAGUGCUGCGACUUCUUUCUGGCUUCCGGUGCUGCCAAAUAGAGUCUUCGAUUUCCUCCGUGAUGAGAAUUCUCGAAGCGAGUGGGAUAUUCUCUCGAACGGAGGGGUGGUUCAAGAAAUGGCGCAUAUCGCAAAUGGCAGGGACACUGGCAACUGUGUAUCUCUACUACGAGUAAAUAGUGCUAACUCAAGCCAAAGCAACAUGCUGAUCUUGCAAGAGAGUUGCACCGACUCUGCCGGUUCUUUCGUAAUUUACGCUCCGGUGGAUAUCGUCGCUAUGAAUGUGGUACUGAACGGUGGGGAUCCAGAUUAUGUCGCGCUUCUUCCUUCAGGGUUUGCAAUACUGCCUGAUGGUUCGGCCAUGCAAGGUGGCAAUGAUCAACAGGGAGUGGGAUCUGGUGGUGGGUCUCUCCUCACAGUGGCAUUCCAGAUUCUGGUUGAUUCAGUUCCUACUGCUAAGCUCUCUCUUGGGUCAGUUGCGACUGUUAACAAUUUGAUCGCUUGCACUGUCGAGAGGAUCCGGGCUUCAUUAUCGUGUGAAAGUGCAUAACUCUGCAGUCUAAUGUCCAGGAGCUGAAUUGCAGUGCUCUGCAGAUGUAGGACAUCACAGAAGCAACGUUAAGAAAGAACUCGCAGCUUUUGAUGUUCAAGCAGAAACAUCAGCUUAUAUCGAAUUUGGAGAAGUCAAGAUCGCACCUUACUUGCAAGGAUUAAGGGGUUCGGGUAUUGACUUCCCAGGAAAAAGUGAAGGCAGGGAAACUAACACGAAACAUUACAUUUCCUGAGUUUCGACUUCUCUUUUGACCAAGUUUUGAGAACUUCUGUAGUUUAAGCUUUAGCUUAGAGCGGUAGUGGUAAAGUUUUCAGUUGCGUGAUCCAUCAAAAGUUCCUUUGGGUUAUUUUUUUCUUGAUCCACUCUCAAAGUAACCCCCCACUGCAACUGUCAAUGAUAUGAACAAUACUGGUCCAUUUGUUGUUCUCACUUUUUCUCUCUGAUGUGCUAAUGUCCAAGCAAAUUCUAAUUUG